AUGACGGGCACCAAAUUGGAUGUUACCUCUCUGUUCCGGGAUGAGCAAUACUCCUGUCUUGAUUAUGGCGACGUUUCGACCUUGAGUGCAGACGACAGAGAAGUCAUUGUCGAGCAAAUGUGCAAUCUCCUCGAAAUAUUCCUUCAAGCCAUCGGACACUGUCACACGGUCCCUGCUGAGAAUUUGCGUCUUCGAAAAGAAUUUCUUGAAUGGGCGGAGCGUGAAUUGACCAAGGCCACCUCAUGUGACAUGGACACACUAGACGCUCUUCUGGAGCAAGCGGUGUCCAGUUCUGAGGGCUAUUACCCUCUCGGAUCGUACGAAGUGCAGUUGAUCAUGGCAAAGGCGACGGCAUUGGCGAUCAGCCUGGACAACAAUUUCCUCUCCCCGAAAGCAAAGGCCCAGCUCCCGCGGUCUCAGAAUAAUUUCUGGCGAAGAAAGCCGCCUUGUGAUGAAUGGUCCACUGUCUUUGAGAGCUUUCUCGCCGAAUGUGCCGACUUUUUCGGUGAGAUGCAGCCAUCUGUUGGGGCACUUGCCGCUGCCUCUUGGUCGCAGUGGGUAGAGGGCUGCCUGAUGGAGGAUAGAAUGUGGGGGAUGCUUCGUGAUAGCAUCGAAGGAGAGGAACAGCCGCCAGUUGUGGAUUUCUGCCCCGCCGAAGACUUUCCAUACUAUGUUAGGACUCUCACAGGGGCGCCGAUGGCGUACUGCGUUCCAAUAUUCAAGCAGUCGCGAGAGAAAGAGAUCCCGUAUUCGGUCUGGAUGUCAUAUGUACCGGCGUUGACAACCGUGAUCAACCUCGGGAAUGAUUUAUUCUCGUAUCCAAAGGAGGUUCUCGAAGGAGAAAAGGUCAACUAUGUGUCGCUGGUGACGCGCACCAAACGAGUGUCCGGGUGUCCAUCCCGGUUUGUCGAAGGUAGCCUGUGGACGUUUCGAGACACGAUCUGCGAUCUGUUCCAGCGGGUGCUAGAUAGCUGUGAAGCCUUGGAUAAGGCUUUCAAGUGUCCUCACUCUCCAAAUGGGGUUGGUUAUCCUACCGCAGGCGCUGUCGUUGAUAUCACCCACAUGACAAGGCGGAUGAAUACGAGCUGCCCCUCAUCCCCGCUCUCUAUAUUUUGUCAUCUUUAUGAUAUUUCUCGCUAUCUCACUCCUCGUUCCUCUUCUUCAUGCAAGCUAUCGAGGAUGUCGUCUGAGAUGGAAACGCUCAAGGCAUCCUGUCACUGCCGAAAUGUACGGUUUGCCAUCACCAUACCGCUAAAUGUGCUGCCACUGAAAGUACACCUGUGCCAUUGCAACGUCUGCCGUCAGACCCAUGGGGCACCCUGCUCAUUCCACGCCCCAUUGCCUUCUGGGCUGCAGCCAGAAUUCAUUUCGCCGUCUAGUCCAGCUGCACUGACUGGCUACGCGCACGCAAAUUCCAAAUCCACCAGGUUCUUCUGCACCAACUGCGGCUGUCACAUUGGUGAUCGAGAUCACGACCAUAGCGAUUGGUAUCUUUCUGUGUCUAUCUUCGAUCAGGGCCAGAGGGACGGAAUAUGGGUGUUCGAUUCGCACGCCUAUACCCAUGCCACUGUCGAUGGGGGACUCUCCGCUCUUCUCCCUCGCGUCGAUGACCGUGAAAUUCCCGUUUGGAAUCCACCGCCCACUCCAAAGGAGAGUCACGGCACAGCCGAGAAGGCGGAUGAGCUUCUGGCGCAAUGCCACUGCGGCGGCGUCUCGUUCACUAUCUCCCGGCCCAAGGCGGAAUUUGCGACAGACCCAAAAAGUAAGGGCUGGCUUGAUGCAUCCGAUCCAUCGAAGUGGCUAGCUCUGGUGGAUGUCUGCGACUCUUGUCGACUCGUGACUGGGACGCAUGUCAUCGCCUGGAUGUUCGUUCCCACGAGCCACCUAACUCCUUCUCCACCGGCGGACCUGAUAAUGGGCACAUCAAAGACCUAUCGAUCAAGUGACGAUGUCCUCCGAAGCUUCUGUGGGACUUGUGGUGCGACCGUCUUCUAUACGUGUGACGAUCGUCCUGGCAUAGUGGAUGUGGCGGUCGGCAUUCUUAGAGCCCCUGAGGGGGUCAUGGCCGAGACCUGGGCGUCAUGGAGGACUGCGAGGCUUGGGUAUCCGCAGGAUGGGCUGGGAUAUGAUGCUGCGUUUACUAAUGGGCUGGAGACGGGCUUGAAAGAAUGGGGGGAACGACGAACUGGCCACAGCACCGAUUUCGUUGUAGGGUCUGAGACAAAGUACUCUACAAGCUCCUGA